AUGAUCUAUCUAUCGAUCGAUCGAUCUAGCUAUCGUUCUAUCUAUCGAUCUAUCUAUCGGUCUAUUCAGUGUUUGCACAAAUCGCAAUCAAAGUUAGUAGGUGAGGACCCGCAGCUCAUCGCGCUCAUCGUGGAGCAGCUCAAGAGCCAGGGGCUUUUCGACAGCUUCCGUGGGGACUGCCUGGCCGACGUGGACACCAAGCCAGCGUACCAAAACCUGAGGCAGAAAGUGGAUAAUUUUGUGUUGACACAUCUGGACAAACAAGAGUGGAAUCCUACAAUGAACAAAAACCAAUUGCGAAAUGGUCUGAGGCAGAGUAUGGUUCAGUCAGGCAUGUUGGAGGCUGGAGUGGACAGAAUUAUUUCUCAGGUGGUGGAUCCUAAACUAAACCCCAUCUUCAGGCCACAGAUAGAACGAGCAAUUCAUGAGUUCCUGGCAGCCCAGAAAAAAGAAGCUGUGCCAGCACCACCCCUGGAGCCAGAAAGCCAGGACCCUCCAACUCCAUCCCAGGAUGCUUCCUAAGGCUAUGCCUGGCACCUUUUGGAAGCGCCACUGAAUUAGUGGUGAAGAACAGAUACAGUUCAUAAGAGUACAAUUUCAGAAUGAAGACAGGGCAAGGUCAUCACUGACUUCAAGAUUCAGCCUUGACUGAGGGGCAGUAUCCAGAUUGAACAGGGAACAGGUUUGGUGUUAGGAAAG